UGCAGGUUUAUCUCCCACAGAGUGCACUUUGGCUCUGAGAGCAACAAGUCAACACAUUUACGCUCCUAUAUAAAGAGACGGGGUCAGCGGAUCCUCCGACUCUACGUUCUCAGUCAGUUCUGGAGGGGGAAAACAAUUCAAAGCACCAUGAAUAAUAAGCUGCUGGUUGUUACUGUGCUCGUUGCACUUCUUGCACUCAGUGCUGAGAGCUUCCGUGUGCCGAGGCAGGCCGAGGAGGAAGAAGGGACGCUGACCAAGAUCACAGGAACCGUAAAGUCGUACUACGACAGCGCCGUCAACACCGUCAGCGGAUACGUGGAAAGCCUCAAAGGCCUGAAUCUGGAUGAGAAAGCAAAGAAUCUUUACGACGAAACAAGCACUGUUGUGAGCACCUACGCCGGCAUCGCACAUGACCAGCUUUAUCACUUUUUUCACCACUAGCAAGAUAAUAAUAGAAUAAAACUUGUAUAAAAUGA